UCUUUCUCUGCCUGCGUUUUCGAGUGCGAGCGGCUGUGGAGCGGGCGUCCAUUUUGCUUCGCCAUAUUGAAUUUGGUCGGACAUCUUUGGACGCCAUGUUUAGUCGGACAUAUUUUAUAAACAUUUUCGCGUAAAUUUCAAAUAUUUUUGAGCCUAAAUAGCGAACUUUUUUUCACUGAAAACUGUGGCAUUGAUUGCGUAUAGAAUUGGGUGGAAAAAUUCUGUGCCUACGCAGCAGUCCAAAAGUGUCUCUAGGGGGCCGUGCAGCUUUUGUUACAAGAUAAAUACAGAAGGCGCGGUCCAAGAUGAUGAACCAGGAGAUAAUGUGUGAGGUGGAGAUCGGCACCCAUGGGUCUAUGGUGGAGAUCGAUGGGGACGACCAGGUCGGAGUCAAGUAUGAGAUCGAGGCUGGUCAGUACGAAGAGUACAUAACUGAUGAUCAAUAUGAAGAGGUCGAAGAGCAGGUUAUUGGCAUGCAGCAUUUGGAAGAAGUGGGCAGCGAAGAGGUGAUACUGCCAGGCAUCUCGGGUGAAGAGGUGCUGCAAGCAACCGUGGAGAACUACGACGGGCUGUAUCCCACACCACCGUCUACUAGCAGAAGAGGUCGCGGCAGGCCCCGCGCUAAUGCUAACAACAACACCAACAACAUACAUCAUUUGAUGCCUAUUGGCGAAGUCCCCAUGGGUCUAAUGGAAGGGGUCAACACAGGCCGAGGCGCCACGCGGCGAUGGGAACAGAAGCAAGUGCAGAUCAAAACCAUGGAAGGAGAGUUCUCGGUCACUAUGUGGGCUACGGGCGAAGAUGAUGAUGACGGUUCAAAUCCGGAGCCAGAUCCCGACUACACAGAAUACAUGACUGGCAAGAAAAACAUAUUAGGAAAUGAAACGAUGCCAGGCUUAGAUCUGUCAGACCCGAAGCAACUAGCAGAGUUUGCGCGCCCCGGACACAAAAUUAGGCUAAAGAAACCUAUAGCGGAAACAUCGGACAGGACUAUUGCGUGCCCCCACAAAGGUUGCGGGAAGAUGUUCCGCGACAACUCGGCGAUGCGCAAACAUCUGCACACGCACGGACCGAGGGUACACGUUUGCGCUGAAUGCGGUAAAGCGUUCGUAGAAAGUUCAAAGUUAAAAAGGCAUCAGUUAGUCCACACGGGGGAGAAGCCUUUCCAAUGCACCUUUGAAGGCUGCGGGAAGCGAUUCUCGUUAGACUUCAACCUCAGAACGCACGUAAGAAUCCACACUGGUGAUCGCCCCUACGUGUGUCCCUUCGACGGAUGCAACCGGAAGUUCGCGCAAAGCACUAAUCUCAAGUCGCAUAUCCUCACGCACGCCAAGGCUAAGUCAAGAAACUCACUGUCCCGUAACGGUGGCAACAAUUACGAAUCAGCCCGGACCACACCACAGUACGUUCAGUUAGAAAUGUCCCAAGACGACUCGAACCCUCAAUUGAUCUUCUACACGCAUGAAUGAGCGUGGACAAUAAACAAAAGACAGUUGGCAAGACUCGUGAGAAGAUUAAGAGACUUAUGGAGCAAUACUUGUGAACGGUGAAUGAUUUGUGUGAAAAUGAUUAAAAUUUUGCUCGUAAUAAAGCGUUGAUCGUUGAAAAUUACAGACAUAAUGUAUCAAUGGAAAAUUUUUGAUCGUAUAUGAAGCCAGAUUUAUGGUUUGGCUGUCAGUCAAAUUCAAGCAAGUACCCGGAUCAAAAAAUGCAAAAAAAAAAUGGAAAGAGUCCGAAGACUGGUUUCACGGAUGAAGGAAUACAUAUAUCACGAAUAGUAACGCUAGUCAAGAUGUGCAAGUGUCUCCUGGGCCACAGUUACUGUCAAUUGUUUUGUAAGGUGAACGUAAAACUUGUAAAUAGUGUUGCGAAGUGAGUUAGUGUUAGAAACGUGUAAAUAUUGUCCAAAAGUUUAAAAAGACUUAUGUACAGUGCAAGGACAGUUGUGUCAAAAGUGAGAAGAAUAAAUAAAUUUUUGCUAUACGUCACUUAUGAGACUGGUUUGUGACGGUGAGGUGAGUUUGUAUCUAGUGAUAUGUUUUCAGUUGUUUGGUUAAAUGAAGUCAAAUUAUUUUGAAAUAUUUUGGCUUUAAAAUGAAAUGUACAGGAAUACCCUGUAUGUAAUGUAAAAAUUCAAAUAACCCAAAAACAGUGGUUUUUAUACAACUCUAAAAUUACGUAACCCAAUAGUUUUAAGUUUUCAUCAACUAUUUCUUAACUAAUCGUUAAAAAGCCCAUAUAAGCCCCAUUAUUAUUUAAGGCUUGGGCAGACCAAACGCGGGGCAGUAGCAGCGCAGUUUGAAUGCGGGCCCGCGCAAGUUGUAAUACAAGAAACUCUUUGAAGUGUGUCAUACCAGAACGCGGGCCCGGGCUCCAACCGCGCCGCACUGCAACUGCCGAACGACAAACGAGGCGGCGCGGGAGCGGGACAGAAGCGGCGCGAACGCGGGCCCGCGCUGUUGUAUUACUAUGGCGGCCAUAUUAGCAUGACACACCGGACGCAGGGCGCGUUGAAAGCGGUUUUCGAAUAUUAAAAUUUUUGACAACCUCCCGCGAUGCAACUGCUUUGAAACUGCGUUGCUUUCAGUGUGCCUCAGCCGCGCUGCAACUGACCGGCGUUUGGUCGGUGGAAGCCUUUAAUAAUACCCAAACAUAGCAGGAAAACUACAUAAAAUUAUGUUACAAGUUACGUCAGAAAAAGAUAUUCUUGAAUGUUUUAUUUAUCUCAAAAGUAUAUAUUUUUAUUAUUAGGUUUUUGUAUAGUGUGGGGCCUUGAUAAUGUCAUUCUAGUUCUAUUUUCUUAUAACGACCAACACUUUAGUCCUAAUUUAAACUAAACUCGCUUGUCAAUUUAUUUGUAUUCCUGAAAUAACUAGUUUAUUCUUAUAGAUGUAUUUAUUACGUAUCAAAAACUGAACUUUUACUAAUAAACAUGUUUUAAAAGGAUAGUCAUCAUGAAAUUAUGAACUCUGUUAGCUUAUGAUAUAACUUGUGAGAUUAUAAACUAACAGUGGAUAAUCGAACUGCGUCAGAUUAUAAUCUGACUGAAUCCACAAUUUUACAGUGACUGAUACAUGACAACUUUAUGAGAACUGUUUUAGAUCAUUACAUCCACUCAGACGCGCCCCACCAAUAUUUGGUCCCGGUCGCGCGGGGUGCGGGGAGUGUGAUCCGAGCAAUCCGUAAGGCAUUAUUGUAGUGUGCGUGUGCACUCAUGGGUCAUUUAGCGUGUACCGAUAACACUCAAACGCUAGCGGAAGAAUGGUGGGGCGCGUCUUUGUGGAUGAAACUUUAUGAGAACUGUUACAAGUUAUUGUUAUUUACGUAUACUGCAGUUUCUUGCUUGCUACUUUUGCAAUAUGAUUUACACUUUUUUUUUUGUUAUUGAAUUGAUUAAGUUACUUAGUUAUUUUACACAUCAAAAAAUCCUGAAAAAUGUUUAUUAGUAAAAAUUCGAGUGGCUUACUUUGUUUAAACUUACACAUAAUUUUUCUACUGGAGUUCUUACUUUUUAUUAUGAUAGUUAAAUUUGUAUGAAGUCACAUCAUGCAAGUGUCCAACUAGUUUUGUAUGUCUUUAGAUGUAUGAGUUCAAGCGAUGUAUUUCUAAGCGUUUUAAUUCCAGUUUUUAUAAGAAAUUGGUAGUUGACACAAGAAACUUCGAACUCCUCCUAUGUUCUUCUGAUUAAUUUCGUUGCGGGUCCAAUGACAGUUUAACUUUCCCCCGGGACAAACUUGACCUUCACUGGUUGGGUUUUAUUGGCGGUCAAGCUGUAGAUCCUGGCUACACAGGAGUUGCAGCGGUGGGAACGAGAGGUGGGAAUAGUCCCGUUUUAGUUGACACAGGAAAUCUAUACUGAUAUCAUAAAGAGGAUUUUGAUUGUUUGUUUGUUUGUAUUGCUCCGAAACUACUGGAACGGUUUGAAUAAUUCUUCCACCAUUAUAAUCCUAAAUCAUUUGAUGCUAUUUACACUUUAUGAUGAUGUCCCUUUUUCUCGGAGUUGAUUUUAGAAUUUGCCAUUUACGUAGUAUCUCUAUCUGUCACUGUCACUCAUAGUGGUAUCCCGCUUUGAGUGAGAGUGAUAGGAAAGAGCCGGGUGAAGCUCGCUUCAACCUUCGGCCUGAUCGUCACUUACCAUCAGGUGAGAUACAGACCAAGAGCUUCCUCGUUGUGGAUAAAAAAAAAAAAAAAAAAAAAA